AUGGCCAACCCAAGAGGGGAGUGCAAGGCCAUUACACUUAGAAGUGAAAAAGUUGUAGAAGAGGCCACCCCAAACCAGGAGAACCACAAAGAAAAAGCUACAGAAAAGCCUAAAAAUAGGAAGAAAGAAGAGACCCCUAGUCCAUCUUCACCAAAGCCAAUCUUGAAGCCUUAUGUGCCAAAGGUACUAUACCCACAAAGGCUAAGGAAGGAUGGGAAUGACAGCCAGUUUUUUAGAUUUUUGAAAAUCUUUAAAAAGCUCCAAAUCAACAUACCAUUUUCUGAAGCACUGGAGCAAAUGCCCCUCUACGCAAAGUUCCUGAAGGAGCUCAUGACAAGAAAAAGAAACUGGGGAGAAAAGGAGACUGUAAUCCUCACUGAGGAGUGGGCUAGCAUCAAUCUCAUGUCCUUGAACAUGAUGAGAAGGAUGAGAAUUGAGGAAGCCAAACCAACAAGAAUGGCACUCCAACUAGCUGAUAGGACAUUCAAGUUUCCACAUGGAGUGGUGGAAGAUUUAUUAGUGAAAGUGGGAGAAUUCAUCUUCUCAGCUGAUUUUGUUGUGCUGGAUAUGGAAGAAGAGGCAAACACUUCAAUUAUCCUAGGAAGGCCAUUCCUAGCUACUGUUGGAGCCAUCAUCGAUGUACAAAAAGGAGAACUAAUCUUGAGAUUACAUGAGGAAAAGAUGGUCUUCAAUGUCUUCAAGGAAAUGAGUUAUUCCAAGGAAGCAAUAGAAGAAUGCAUGAUGGUGGACACCAUAGAACAAAUAGUCCAAGGAGUUUUGGAAGAAGAGUAA